GCUUUGACACCGGUUGAGCACUGGCUGAUGUGCUAGCUUGAAGUAGCCAACAAGACGAAACUACAGCUCUAUUUUUCUGACCUUUGUGAGUAAUGGCAACACAAAUGAAAGACAAAGAAGCUUACCAAAGACUGAACUAUCUUUACCAGGCUGCGCAUUGUGUUUUAUCUGAAAACUCGGAAAAUGUGGAGCUGGCUCGUUUCUACUGCUUCACACAGAGGACCAUUGCAAGACGUCUAGUUCUUAGACAAGACCCAUCAGUGAAGAGAACAUUAUGCAAGAAGUGCUGCUCGUUGCUCAUCCCUGGUGUAACUGCUACAACAAGACAGCGAAGAAAAAACACAAAGACUCGCUUCACUGUUCUGAGGUGCCUCAGCUGUGGGCAGAGCAAAAAGUUACUGAACAAUCCAGAUCAUUGUUUGUGGGUGGACCGUCCUGAGGCUCAGCUGCAACAACAAAAGCAGCCAGAACCAGGCCCUUCUCGUAAGAAGCAGCCAAAAGACCAAGAGCCUGAUGGAUCGGUGUCUUCUAAACCCAGUGCUGCCCCGAACACUGCCAGCACGUAGCAGCAGUCCUGCUCUUCUGACUGACAUAUGAAUAGCUGAGUAAUUUAUUCAUUUUAGUUUUUUGGCUUCUGUGAGAUCAUUUUUUGUUUAUUUCUACAACGUGUUCAUCUGUGUCUCACAGCAUAAUUUUUAAUGCCCACUGGGUGGUGUACUACACAUGUUGGAUUCAAAGGAGGAAAUGUUGGUGAAAGUGUGGUUUUUUUUCUAAAAGGAAAGCUUUACUGAUAAGAAUGGUUUUCUCAAAAACAGUCAACAAGAAUGGAAAAUUUCGUUAAUUUGCCAUUAUUUUUUUAUGGUUGAUAUGUUUUCUGUACAGACAUGUAACUGUUAUCUGAGGCAAAUAUGUCCUGACCAUUAACCAAUUGUUGUCAAAUACUUUCCUACAUGUUUGAUUACAAUAAAAGAAAAAUUGCAGCUUC